AUGCUCGUGUCCUUUUAUCUUCUCUUUGUCUCUCAUAUGCCCAUCGCUCUUUCGCUGCUUCGUUUCGGGUGUGUUGCUGACUUGACAGGAUUGGAUGGUGGGGUGGGGAUUGCGAUCGCCUGGUGGAUCCAACUGGAGUGGCCAACUGGAGUGGCCAACUGGAGUGGCCAACUGGAGUGGCCAACUGGUGAAGAUCUCAUCGUUGUCUGUGAAGGCAUUUCCCCACAUCCCCUCCCCCUCGCUGCAUUGCUCCCCCCCAUUCCUCCCUCUGCGACCCACGUCCCCCUGCAACCCACCUCCCUCUGCGACCUACCACCCCAUGUGACCCACCAGCAACCCCCCGUGUAG